CGCGGAGUCCGUCUGGGUACCUGCUCGGCCGCGCGCGCCUGCGGAUCGGUCGCGGCGGAGCAGUGGCGUCUCCAUCUGGCUCCCACCGCCCGAGCCGCCUCGGCUCGCCUCGCCUCCCCCGCCCUCGCCCCCGCCCGCCUCUCCGCCUCCCCCUCCGCCCCGCCCCCAGUCUCCUCCUCUUUUUCUCACCACCAGCGGCGGCUGAUGCUGAGGCCGAGCGUCACUUCGGCUCCCGCGGCAGACAUGGCGACGCUGACUGUGGUCCAGCCGCUCACUCUGGACAGAGAUGUUGCAAGAGCAAUUGAAUUACUAGAAAAGCUACAGGAAUCUGGAGAAGUACCAGUGCACAAGCUGCAGUCCCUCAAAAAAGUGCUUCAGAGUGAGUUUUGUACAGCAAUUCGAGAGGUAUAUCAAUAUAUGCAUGAAACGAUAACUGUUAAUGGCUGUCCCGAAUUUCGUGCAAGGGCCACAGCAAAGGCAACAGUCGCAGCUUUUGCAGCUAGCGAAGGCCACUCUCACCCUCGCGUAGUGGAACUGCCAAAGACGGAUGAAGGCCUUGGUUUUAACGUGAUGGGAGGAAAGGAGCAAAAUUCCCCAAUUUACAUCUCUCGCAUCAUUCCUGGAGGGGUGGCUGAAAGACAUGGAGGACUCAAAAGAGGAGACCAACUGCUCUCCGUGAACGGAGUGAGUGUGGAAGGAGAACACCAUGAGAGAGCUGUGGAAUUACUCAAGGCUGCUAAGGACAGUGUCAAGCUGGUGGUCAGAUACACCCCAAAAGUCCUGGAAGAAAUGGAGGCUCGCUUUGAAAAGCUACGGACAGCCCGGCGUCGACAGCAGCAGCAAUUGCUUAUUCAGCAGCAGCAACAGCAACAACAGCAACAAACACAACAAAACCACAUGUCGUAGGCCCUUGAGGAAGAGCUACUUGAUCAAACAUCCGAUAGUCACAAAUUUGAAAACGUGCUCAGAAUCCCAGCACAUAGAAAAAGACAGAACCAAUAAUUAUACCUGUCAAGAAGCUGUGAACACAUGGUGUAUAAGUUCUUUACCAAGGCAACGCGACACCUCUUUUUCUGGGCCCGCACCCCUGCUCAUGCGCUCGUCUCACACACAGACCUUCCACCCACUGCAGUGGGAAUUCCCAGUGGGUAGAGGGAGAACCUUCCAAGUCUGCAGCCUGAAACAGGACAAGAAGAACAAAGUCUGUGACUUUCAAAGAUCACCGGGGCCAGGCUUAAGUCAGUCUUUUGUCUGUGGCUUUUCCAGAGAAUAACAAACCCCUCCUUAGGUUAAGUUCAAGAGGCAUCAGUCCAUGGUUGCUGCCCCUGGGAGAAACCUGCCAUUGCCCUCCCUCUGACCUCUUCCACCGCCCCUGUUGCUGAGUCGCCUGAAUUGGAAUUCCAGUGCAUCGAAAAUUCAGCAUCCAUGUACUCUUUUCGGGUUCUAGAAACAGUUGGCUUCUUAUUUUCUGUUUUCAUGAAUUUUUAUGCAUUAACAAAAUGGGACACUUUCAGCUCAACAUGUAGUUUAUUAGAAGCAAGGGUGGGAACUUAGUGCUGUAUUUUUUAAUUUAAAAAUUGCUUACAUCUAUUACUUUAAACCCUAACAGAAUAUAAUAUAUAUUUAUUCCCCCAAAACAUAUAUUAUUGGAGUACAUUUGUUAUAACUUACAAGUCUUACCAAAAGUUAUGCCUCUGGUAAGAGAAUAGUAGCAAAGGACCUAUCUUCACGAACUGAUCAUAUAUACAUAUAUAUAUAUAUAUUCUCCCUUCUCUCAAUUUUUCUUAAGUUUUGUAUUUUUCAUUGAUACACUAUGGAGAACUCUAAACUCUUUCUAUAUACACUGACAUGCUGUCGUUAGAUUUUUAUUUGACAUUUCAAAGUUUUGAGCUCUAUAAAACACAUAUAUAUAUUUAAUUUCAAAAAUACUCAUAUGCAAGCCAGUGGAAUCAAUUUUGUGAAUAACAGAUGUUUUCCUCUAGAAGGAAAAGGCACUUACUUUAUUUUACAUAUUCUUAUAAGUAAAUAGAGAAGAAAAUAUCUUUGGAAAGAUCUGUUAGAGCCAUGUAUAGAAAAAAUAAUUUUUUACUUACAGUAAAUUUUAGGCACUUAAUCUGAUUUUCAUUUAUGGAACUAAUAAGAAAGAAUCAUAAGUGGGUACUUGAACACCUAAAGCACAAAAAUGUAUUUGAGAAAAAAAAAUUGACCAAUUAAGCAAACUAAACAGAGGCACAUAUUUGAAAAUUCCCUUUCUCAAAUGCAACUAUUGAUUUGCAGCUGUGUAAUUUGAUGUUUCAGAUAGUCUGCCCCAGAAUGGAAAUUUAUGAAACAGAGUUGAGACCCUUUUUGAGAAUUUAAAAAAACCAAUGAGCUACUCAGAGUGACUAUGCCCUGUCGUGUGAUACGGUUAUCAAUACUAAGUUUUCACUCUUAGUGUACCACUUACAGGCAACAAACAGCAGGGGAACUGGGGAGUGAAUCAGUGUCUUACUGUGAUGACAGUUCCCGCCCUUGAGACAUAAUCACAUUUUACUAGAGAAGUGGAGUUGUGGGUAGGGGCAGUGAGGACCCUGAAUGUUAUGUAAAAUAGGUUUAUAAAAGAGACAAGCAUGUCAUAGGGCAUAAAUGGAGACCAAUGAGUAUUACUCAGUUUAAUAGUUCUCAUUUUUAUAAGAAAACUUUAAUAAAACAUAUAUUUUAGUUAUUUAUCAAAGAGAUAUUAGACAUAUUCAGGCAGUGCCACAAAGAUUCUCAUCAAAGGAAAUCAUUGCACCCUUGUAACAAAAUGGUCAUCGACACAUUUUAGUACAUUGUGUUCAUUUGGAGCUUAAGGUAAGUAUGUUUGUUUAGCUGUUAAAUGUUCAGUUAGUAUGAACUUACAUGGUUUCACAUCAGUAUUGAUAUCAUAGUAUUACAGAAGCAACUAUCAAAUGAGCAGAUAUGUUAACUUUCUGCUUUCUGGAAGUUUUGUAUUUUUAUGCUUCUGCUAUAUAAUGUUUAGUGCUGGUCAGUGUUUGCCAGGUUGUUUGUCAAAGUGAAAGGGCAAUCUGUCAUACCUAUGGAAUCUAAGAUUAUAUGUCAGAAUGGUCUUCUAUACAAAUGACUAAAAUUGAGUGUGUUAAAAUGUAAACCUUCCCCUAAAUUUUUAAUCAAAAAUAACCAUCCUAAACUUAAAGAAACCAUUUCUGGUUCUCUUAUGUUUCACAAAAAUCAAAAGGAAAAAUUAUAAUCUGUGCUUGUGCUCUUUAUUGUUAACAAUCACAUUAGAGCCACUGACAUACCCUAAGUCAUAUUAAAGAAAAAAGACUGCUCCUUUUUGAAACUCAAUCCUGAAUAUAAUAAACAAAUUAGGUAUUAAAAGGAGGAAAAAUCAAUGUGACUGCUCAUCAAGGAUUUUGGUGAAUUUUAGUUCUUUCUCUUGAUUAAGCUGGUGGACAGUGGAACAGAUUGGUCUAAACUUUUUUCUGAUAUGAUUUUAAAGGCAGAUAUGCAAAGCAUAGCUCAGUAAUAGAAUUCCUGGACCUCUUCAUUGUUGCAUUUACAUUGUGAUUCUGUUGCCAUAUGGAAUAGAACAUCUGCAGGGAGAUAAUGAGUUUAAAUUGCAAUUGACUUUGGAAAGAAAAACAGACUUUUGUGCUUCCUCGGUCAUGUAAUCAAUAGGGAAUUCUCUAGUUAUCUACACUACCACUCUCUUUUAAGACAAUGCAGAGAUCGAAAUGCAAAGUGUAUCAUUCAGGGGCUUUUUAAGGAUCUGAGGUUAUCUAUGAAGAUUAUCUUUGCUAGAGAUGGAUUAUACCAAUUUACAAAUGCAGCUCCCAACUGUGAGCUUAUCUCAUUUCAGUUUAUUCAGCUGUACAUAUAGGACUCCAAAAUAUAGGAUAUUUUAUGUACAUUACUUUAAACAUCUAUAGAUAUUGUGAAUGUGUGAAUAAUGCCUGAUAAAUUCAUCUUUUAGAUAGUUGUGCUUACACACAGCCUUUAAGACCAGCAUUAGACAACAUUAUAAAAUAGAGAUCAAGGUUUUGAAGAUUCAUGGAGGCCAGUACAGAGAAAGAUAUUCCAAAACAUGAAACAGUCUUAUUGCUCUUACCCCUCUCUAGGCUACAAGCUCUAAGAGACAAAAGGGGUUGUGGCUGGGAAUUUAGCUCAGUGGCAUAAGCGCCUGCCUGGCAAGUACAAGGUUGUGAGUUCAACCCCUGGUACCACUACAAAAAAAAAAAAAAAAAAAAAAAAAGAUGGGGGCUGUGACCACCAUGUUGGUUACCCAGCAUGAUACAGGUACUCAAUGAGUACUUGUUGAAUAAAUAAUUAAAUAGGAUAAAGAAAUGCAUUUUCCUUCCAAUAAUUUCACAUGCUUACUAUUGUAUCAAUUGGCACUAUAAUUUCUAAAUAUUGAAUCAGAAUUGACUCUUCAUACUUCUUAGAUAUAUGAAUUUGGAGUCAAAUUACUUCAAAAAUUUCAAGAAUGUUUAAAUGUUCCUUUUAAUAUGAAACAUGUUUAGGAAUUCAAAUGAUGAUGAGUAAAAUUACAUCUGUUUCUCUCUGAAAACACUUUGAAUUAUUUGGCAAGAAUUAUCUGAAAGUGGAACUCCAUUUCUAAAUUUUUAAACAUUGUAUUUUAGAUUUUAAAAUGGAAGAAGAGUCACAUCCACCAUAAGAUUUGUGUCCCCACUAAAUAUUUAUUAACAUUUCUCAAAGGAUCCAUAAUCACAUGGAUUCACCAUUGCUAAACCUCCUUUUAAGGAUUAUUAUUUAUAUGUUUGAUUCCCAGAAUUUACUUAAGCUAAAAAAUUAAUAUAGCCACUCAAACAUUAUCACAUAUUUAUCCAUUUAACAAAAAUUUCUAGUGUGUCUGGUACAUGUUAGGAUCUGGAAAUGCAAUGAGAAAGAAGGUUUAAGAGUACUAUCGUGGAGUUUAUCAUGAAAGUCUUCUCCACACUAAACUCUAGCCAUAAAUAGAGUUUACUGUUCACUGGGUCCCAUUCAUACCUCCUGGGAGAAAUAAAAUUCUUCACCCCAUGGAAAUCAUGAAAAACCCCUUCACUUUUCUAUACACACCACUCAAAACUGCUGCUCAUUAUAUUCAUAAAGCACAAUUAAAAUCCAAUGAGAUUGCUAUGUAAUAAUUUGUUCAUAACAUGUAUCUAGCUCUUACUGUGUUGUAGGUACUAUGCUUAAUGCUUUCAUAGACAAUCUCAUUGACUCCCUUCUAAAACCCUAUACAGUAGGUUCCAUUUUAUACACAAGAAAAUUAAAGCACAGCUAUGUUAUGUUACUUGUCCAAGACCACACAGCUAGCAGUUGUAAUUGAGAUUUGAAUACAUGCAGUCUGAUGUAAGAGCUCACAUGCCUGCUUGUUUUCCGUGGCUUUGAGGGACAUUACUCCAUGAGAAUGAGUAAGUCAUUAUGAUAAAUGAGUCACUGUAUAUAAAAAUACUUUGAAAUUAUAAAGUAACAUACAAAAAAUAUUAGAAAACUAUUAUGUCACAUCAGUGACAAAACUGGAAAUAGAACUCAAUCUCAUGUUAUAGCUUACUCAUGAAGCAUACUUAAGUGAGGGAUGUGGAAAAAACAGUUUAGAAAAUUUCUGAUAUGUAAAUAUUUCAGUGAGUUUUCAGAAUUAUUUAUUGUUAGUCACUGUGUCUAUUUGGUGCUAAAAAAAAAAGGAAAGAAAAUCCCUACUGUAAGGGCUUCCAAUAAAUACACAGUGUGGAGAUGAACCAAGGACAUUUCAUACUUACGGGGAAGGAUUGAGCAGUUGUACCAUUUUUCAUCAUUGCAUGUCCAUCAUGUCUUUCCAAUUGUUUCCAUUACUUUUAUGAAUGAACUGCAAAACUGUGCAGUGGUUCAACCUGACCAAAGUGGUAUUAUGCUGCUGGGAAGUAAAAGUAUUAGACAUCA